GCCAGUAUCUCCGUCUGUUCACAACUUUCCCCAUUUUUCAGUAGCCAAGCCUCUCAGCCGUUAGCCAAGAUGAAUGCUUCACAAUGCGGACCCUUUAUCUAUCCAGAUGUCGUUCAGCGUCCUCCUCUGGAUACCAGCAACAACGUUCUAUCGGACUUGCCAAAUGCGGCUCAGGUUCAUGAAUACCUGCCACCCUUGACUGUACCUCGCAGUGCCACUCCACAGCGACAGCAUGCGGAGGGCCCAAGACCUUCAUUCGCACAACUGAGCGCCCGUCUUCGCUCCCAGACAGCGGCUUGGGAUAUGAGUGCGAUGGGAAACACCACAGUGGCCAACACGUCUUUGGACAGGAGGGCACUGGGAAACGCCGCAUCCUCGUCAGCGUCUUUGGACCCUAGUGCAGUGGUAAACACCGCACCCAGAUCAGCGUCCUUGGACAGGAGUGCAGUGGAAAACACUACAGUGCCCAACAUGUUUUUGGAUAUGAGCGCACUGCGACACAUCGCACCCGGGUCAGCGUCUUCGGACACGAGUGCACUGGGAAACACCGCACUUGGGUCAGCGGACAGGAGGGCAAUGGGAAACAGCACAGUGCCCAACAUGUCUUUGGAUCCGAGUGCACUGCGAAACAUCGCACCCGGGUCAGCGUCUUUGGACAGGAGUGCACUGGUAAACACUAACAACGACACCGGCUGGUCACCCCUAUUAACAAAUUGUGAGAACCCAAUUUCAAGGCCUACAGAAUUGGACGCGAACAUGAACAUCCCUAAACAGUCAACAGGCAGUUCAGCGCCUCUUCAAUCCUGCAAUGGCCCGUAUGGGGACUUUCAGACACCGCCAGUGCCAGCAUCAUCGCUAGGAUCAUCACAUCUUUCCCUGUCGAGUACUGAUCAGGUUUCCCCGGUUUCUCAAUUUGGUCUGUUUGGCUCUUCCAACUGGGCUAAUGUAAUGCAGGAGACCGCCCUACGCCAAGACGAACAAAAGGUGAAGAAAAACCAAGAGAGAAUAGAGAGACGCCGCAACCGAAAUAAGGUGGCAGCCGCGCGUAGCAGAGAGAAGGCGAAGAUGAAGGCUGCAGAGGACUCGCAGAAAAUCCAGGAACAGGCAGAGACAAUAGAGAAACUUAGGAAGAUAGUAGCCAGCCAGAAGAUCGUAAUUGACCACUAUCCGACUUGUGCAGCAUGUGGUAACAUUCCUUCAUAAUGUGCUGUCAUUCUUUCACAGUCAUUGGACUCGGCAGCAUCCACGGAUAGUGCAUGUACUCUUAAACAAGAACUUAUUAUUAUUAUUUAUUUAAUUUUUACGAAGUAGUGGUUGCGAGCUCCGGUGUGGGGAGCAAACCCUUUCUUAUUUAUUUUUUAAUUACUAUUUCCCUCAAACCAGUGAAUAUUAUUAUUAUUUAUAUUAUUAUUAUUUGAAACAAAAGUGAUGGAGAGUUACUCUCAAAAAAAGUAUUACUUCCCUCAAACCAGUUAAUAUUAUUAUUAUUAUUAUCAUUUGGAACAAAAGUGAUGGAGAGUUAUUCUCAACUCGUAACUAUAAUUAUUUCCUUUUCCUUUCUACAUUAUUAUUAUUGUCACUAGUUAUUACGUACGAAAGAAAGUGCGGAUGCAGAUUUUGAAGCUCU